CUUAACAUCGUCCCUUUGUUGUAUAAAUAUACCCCAAAUCCCAAAUCAAGUACUCACAAAUUCAAAAUUACAAUCCUCAAAUCACUCUCUGCAUAAAAAACUCAAAUCUCUGUGAAAUCGGAAAACAUGUCUCAAGUUAUCGCAAGCCAUCGUGAAAAUGCCGAAGUUUACACAGAUCCGGUGGUUUGCAAGCAGAAAUCACUUGAACUUCUGAAGGAAAUCAACAUGCCCAAUGGUCUUCUCCCACUUGAAGACAUCGUAGAAGUCGGCCGCAACGCCGAAACCGGAUUCGUGUGGCUGAAACAGAAGAAGGCGAAAGAGCACAAGUAUAAGAAGAUCGGGAAGCUCGUCUGGUACGAUACUGAGGUGACGGCGUUUGUGGAGAAUCGCCGGAUGAAGAAGCUCACCGGCGUAAAGAGCAAGGAGAUCCUCAUCUGGGUUACGAUUUCUGAUAUUUCAAUUUCCGAUCCGGAGUGUAAGAAGAUUAACUUUGCUACCCCUACUGGACUUUCUAGGUCUUUUCCUGUGUCUGCUUUUGAAGAGGAGGAAGAAGAGGAGAAGAAGUGAAGUUGAAGGUUUCAGGGGGUAUUUUAAGGAAUUAAUAAUGUGAUUUUCAUUUUACUAGUACUAUUUAAAUAAUUAAAUUACUGUCUUUUUAUCUAUUUUAAUCCUAUCCUAUGUAACCAAAGUUAAAAGUGAAAAUGGAACUAUAGUUUAUAGUGGA